AUGUCGGGCGAUGUGGAUGAUCAAGGCUGGCAGUAUUCUUUCUCCUUUAGCUCGUCAGCCUGGCAUGGGUCCCACCCUUGGUUUCAUUCAUUUGUCCGCAGGAGGCGAUGGGUCAGACUACGGGUUAAGAAAGCUUCGGAAAGAAGUCGCCGCGGGCGGUCAGGCUUUGAGAUGGCUCAUAUGCUCAACGAGGACUACUUUACUAUCCAUACCGCCAAGAAGAAGAGAGCAGCAAGUGCAGGGCGUGGUUCCCAAGGGCCAUCCACGCACUUGAGUCGAGCGACAACCAACGUGGACGAAGAAGGCCCUCUAGAAGAGAUCGGAAAUAUCCCAACCCUCAUGUAUGCCCUGAAAAAUGCAAAGAUAGACCGUGAGAAGUUCGAUAUCCUCAGAAGGUUUGUGGCGGAGGGAGGCCAAGAGCUAUACUAUCUAGAUGAAAAGAUGCAAGAUAUAAUGGCUCUAUUUGUCUUCCAAGCCUCGCGGUGGCAACUAGUGACCUAUAUGACUGACCUCAUCGAGGAGUUGUCAGGGAAGGAGCCUGAGUCUAGUGAUCCUCUGGGAAAUUCUCCCACAAGCCAAUAG